CGGAGAAUAUUUUGCCGUGACAAAACGUCUCAUCGAGGGUUCCGCCCUUGUGAGCAAGUCGGUCAUGUUUGAUUGUGACACUGGCAACAUUUCGCAGGAAGAAUCCGCCGGAAAACUACAAGCUGCCCUAACAUCAUUUUACCUUCACAUUGAAACCAUGGCUGGACCUGUCAGUCUGGACCUCGAUCCCAUCUUCCUGAAGGGACUGAGUUACCUGCACUCCAAGAGCAAAGAUUCUGCUGAGAAGCUCAAAGCGCUGCUUGAUGAGUCCCUUUCCAGAGGGAGCGACACAUCCUACCGCUUGGUCCAAAAAGAUCUGGAGGUGUCCAAAGGUUCCGUGUCAAAACUUAGCUUCAGCAAGCAGGACUCCAAGUCCUCCUCCAGCUCUUCAUCCUCCAGCAUAGGUAGCAAAUCCAGCUCUGAUAAGAGCAAGAAGGACACUGAUAGGAGAUCUUCUGAGAAGGUUAGGGUUGACUUUGGCGAUGUGGACCCGCCGAAAAAGCCUCGUUUAGAGAAGCAGGAUCGCUCCUCGCCAGUUACCGUGCAGACGAGCAAAGACCUCCUUCCUAACCUCAACGACUAUGACGAAACCAACGCUGACGACUUUGCCAUGGAAAUGGGCUUGGCGUGCGUUGUUUGCAGACAAAUGACAGUAUCCAUGGGAAACCAGCUGGUAGAGUGCCAAGAGUGCCAUAACUUGUAUCACCAGGACUGUCACAAACCCCAAGUGACGGACAAAGAGGUCAACGACCCCAGGCUGGUGUGGUAUUGUGCUCGCUGCACCCGACAAAUGAAGCGUAUGGCGCAAAAGCCCCCGCAGAAGCCUUCCCCGGCCUCCGCCUCAUCAGCACCGGUUGUGAUCAAAGACACUCUGGUGAAAAAGUCGGAACUUAAAACCAAGCCGGACACCACUAGCACCUUCCAGGCUUUCAAACGGACAGAAGUGAAGACUUCCACGUCGGCCAAUCCCGCCGGCAACAACUCGUCGUCGUCAGGCAGCGGUCUAACGGGCUGGGCCGCGUUUGGCGCUAAGACCAGUCCAUCCCUUCCCAUCAGCUCCAAAUUGGGUUCUUCGGGACCAAGCGGGAGCAACAAGGCAAUGACUACACCACCCGGCCAGAAACCGGUAGGCCUUUCUGGUCUCGCCGGAGCCAAGUCCGGACUCGGGGCUGCGAAGGUUCCCGGGAGCGGCAACGGAAAUGGCUCGAGCCAGGUAUCACUGAAACCGCCACCCUUGACCCUGGGCAAGCAGCCGCUUAACCGCUCAUCCAGUAGCGAGAGCCAAGGGAAGGGUUCCGCCUUGUCGUCGGGGGCGGGCUCCCCUGGCAGCUCCCAGGCCAGUCCAGGAGCGAGUGGCACAGGUGGGAGUAAUAACGGAGGAACCAACGGAAACAAUGGGAACGGCUCUAAGGUUCCACCGGGAGAAAAAACACCAACAUCUCAAGAGUCCCAGUUCAACGCCAUGAAACGGUUGCAGUUGGUGAAGAAAAAAGCAGCGCAGAAAAAGAUCAAGAAAUAAGCGGAAAAAAGUUCAGUUCGCUGUGGUACGGUACUGAAUGUUUUGCUUUUCCAUCGUCGAGUUCCUUAACUUUGCUAGCUUGACACUUUGCUCGAAUCAUGAAAGACACACAAAACCCAAGACCAAGAUCUUUGUUUCUUCUUCUACUGAUGAUGUCGUCCGUGAUCUUAUUUCUAUGGAGUGAAGAGCAUACAUACAUUUACAUACUUGAAUCUUACUUUUUGUAAAUGCUGCUGCUCUACUGUGCCUCAUCAUGUCCCAACUCAUCCAGCCCAAGUCAUUCUCUUUCUAAAUUGCAAAUGUAAUAAAAAUUCCACAUAUGAA